AUGAGAGCCCUCCCCGAAAGGUCGAUUACCGGUAAUGGUUUGCUGCCAAACAAUCAAUGCACCUCUGUCUGCUGUCGUACGAGUCUCGGGAGUCUCGGAGGAAAGGGCCCCGUUCAACGUCAUGGUUCAGAGUUCGAACAAAGGGUAAAGUUGUUGAGGGUCAAAUUCACCUCUUCUUUUUAUUUUUGUAUUAUAAUUUAUAGUGUAAACUCUUACUUCCCGAAGCCUCCCUCCCGUGUCUCGUCUAAUGCUGGGAGGUCUAGAGAGUUGCACCUUGACGCAUGUCAGAUCACUCACUGCCUACUGUGCGCCUCCCCGAUAAGAGAUAAGAGCUGGGAAAAGCCACCUCCAGAUCCUGUCAUUGGAUCUGUGCUGAGGUCUCAGAGCGGCUUAGCGCUCUGCCCUCUCAUCGCUCGCACUCUGCCCGCCCCCACCAUCGAGGUUGACGAUGAGGGGUCGCCGGUUGCUGGCAAUGCCCUUUUGUGCGUGUGUGCGUCAUUGACCAGGCUAUCUAUACACACUCGCCAGCAACAAAGGCAAGGGACGGGAAGGCCUUCGAGCAACAGCAGCCCGGCGCCGGAUCUGGCGGCACAGACACACGAUGGCUACCGGCCAUCUCCGUCAGGCGUACCUCGCGCGUGGGUCCGCUGGAGCCCGCUCUCCGGCUUAUCAACCUUGCCCUCUUACCUUACCGAGUACUGUAGUAUAUGCCUGUACAUUCAAGUCCGUCGGACCUCGACGGGCUCCGACUCCAGGUUCCCGCCGCUAACCCUCCGGGCUAACCUGCUGUAG